GGGUGAUGUCUCAGAAGACUGCUGGAUCUUAAGGAUGGGCGAGAUGAUGCAGAGGUAGAACAUCUCCGACUGCUGCUUUUGAACUUUUGCAACAGGACAUAAGUAGAGAAGAUGAUGAUCCAGGCCUCCUGUAGGAAAGGUCUGCAGGUGUGUUUAGUCCUGCUGGUGGUGGGAAGACUACAGGGCAGGGUAACAGCACCAGAGCGUCUGGAAGCUCCAGUGGAGAAGCCCUUCACUCUGACCUGCACCGUUUCGAGGGAACGAGGUGAAUCCCUGCGGCAGGUGCGUUGGCUGGAUGUCCAGAACCAGACCCUGCUGAGCUACCAACCCGGCAACAGAGACAGUGUGAGUGGACAGCAGCAUGUGGAGCUCGCCUCCUCCCCAAAGGACACCUCGGCCAUCACCAUCCGCAGGGUGGGCUUCCGCGACGAAGGCUGCUACACCUGCAUCUUUGACAUGCAUCCUCCUGGUUCAAAGCAGGGACAGACCUGCCUCACUGUUACCUCGCAAAUCACUAUUGACAGCAACAAGACAGCCACGAGCGGCAAGAGGGCGUCCCUCUCGUGCUCCUACGGUUUACCUGAAAAGGUGCAGCAGAUCAUAUGGAAAUACACUUCUGCACAAGGACACUCCACAGAAGUGGCCUCCUUUGCAAAGCGGAGCGACCCCAUGAUUGAGCCACCGUACCAGGGAAGGGUCUGGCUCAGUGCCUCCCUGUCCAAUAGCCAGCUCACCAUCCAACCUGUCACUAUCCAGGACGAGGGCUGCUACACCUGCCUGUACAACACACAUCCUGACGAGCAAAAGAGCUCCACGGUUUGCCUCUCCACGUAUGUGCUGCCCAAACCCCAGGUGAGCUACAAGACCACCUCUCCAGGUGUGAUCGAGGCCAACUGCACCUCUGUGUCGCGUCCCCCAGCAGAGAUCGUGUGGAACGUGGAGAGAGAUAACCGCACCAUGGGCCCCCCUGUGACCACGCAGCUCCCACAGGCUGACGGGACCACCCUGGUCAUCAGUACACUGACUGUCCAGUCGGGGCUGCUGAAAGACGUGUCCGUCAAAUGCUUGGUGCACCACAGAGGGCUCGAGUCACCAAUUGCUGUAUCCAUGAACACUAAAAUUGGGACGGCUCUCACCAUCCUGAUCUCAGUCACCACAGUAGCAGCUCUGUUGGUCAUGUCCCUCUGCUUCUGCCUUUGGAAGUGUUUUUUGCGCAAAGACGUGGAUUAAUUUUUCAGAACAGACCAGAGCCUGAAAAGCAGAGGCGGUUCUUCUCAUAGACAGCAUUGCAGAACACAUUGCCUGCAUCAUCGUCAUCAUCAUCUUCACCAUCAUCAUCGUCAUCUCGGUACAAAGGGGAGAUGUUCUAACACACCUCUGUAGGUGUGUCCAACACAAUCCUAUUUAUGAGCACCAACCAUAGGACAUUCAAUUCUGCUCUGCUCAUUAUCUGACUCUUAUAUAAUCUCCAGGCUGUCCUCACAUGAAGUCUGUGAGGAAAUUUUGAACGGAUCAUUUUUUUCUUUCUGGCUCUGUAAUUGAUUGACUCGAGUCUAGCUACAGUUUCCCCAACAAACAGCAGAGUCACUGUGAGGCAAAUUAAAGUAGUACAGUGAUUUUACUGUAUUUUACAUAUAUUUCAUGUCCUUAAAAUACUUUCCUCUGUCUCUGUCUUUUACCUGGUCCGUAAAGAAUAACUCUGGUGUUAUUUUAUAUUUUUCUUAUUCAAUAAAUCCCAUGAAAAGACCAAAAAAAAAAAAAAAGUACAUCAA